GCCUCCUACUUUUUGUUGGGACCUGUGGAGAGAAGAUCUCGCGCAGGGGUCGUGAAGCGGAAUAAAAUAGGAAAGAACUCGUACACAGAAAUGUUCCAAGUUGCUAUUUGGACAUGUAAGAGGCAAGCAGACGUGCUUUUCCGGCGAAUUUAACGGCGGAGUUUUGGUCAUAGUGCGAGCCUCCCUCACUGCUAGCAUGCUGAGUUUCCUGCGCAGGACACUGGGGCGACGCUCCAUCCGCAAGCACGCAGAAAAAGCUCGGUUACGGGAGGCCCAGCGUGCUACAACACACAUCCCAGCUGCUGGGGAUGCAAAGUCCAUCAUUACUUGCCGUGUGUCCUUGUUGGAUGGGACUGAUGUCAGCGUUGACCUCCCGAAAAAAGCCAAAGGUGAGGAGCUGUUUGACCAGAUCAUGUACCAUCUUGACAUAGUAGAGAAAGACUACUUUGGACUGCGCUUCAUGGACUCAGCACAAGUUCCGCACUGGCUCGAUGUUACAAAAAGUAUCAAGAAGCAAGUGAAAAUUGGCCCGCCAUACUGCCUUCACAUGAGAGUUAAGUUCUACUCCUCUGAGCCAAACAACCUGCACGAAGAGCUCACCCGAUAUCUUUUUGUGUUGCAGUUGAAACAAGACAUCCUCAGUGGAAAGCUGGAAUGUCCUUUUGAAACAGCUGUGGAGUUGGCUGCCUUCUCGCUUCAGGCUGAACUAGGUGAUUGUGACCCACUAGAACACAGUCUGGACCUCGUAUCAGAAUUUCGGUUUAUCCCCGACCAGACAGAAGAUGUGGAGCUGGCGAUAUAUAACGCAUGGAAGGAGUGCAGAGGUCAAACACCUGCCCAGGCUGAAAUCAACUACUUGAAUAAAGCAAAAUGGCUUGAAAUGUAUGGUGUGGACAUGCAUAUGGUGAAGGCACGUGACGGUAAUGAGUACAGUCUGGGUUUGACACCGACUGGAGUUCUGGUGUUUGAGGGAGAAACCAAGAUCGGCCUCUUUUUCUGGCCCAAGAUCACUCGUCUGGAUUUCAAAAAGAGUAAACUGACGCUUGUGGUCGUGGAAGAUGAUGACCAGGGCAAGGAGCAGGAGCACACCUUUGUCUUCAGAAUGGAUCACCCUAAGGCCUGUAAGCACCUCUGGAAGUGCGCAGUGGAACAUCAUGCUUUCUUUCGGCUGAGGGGACCAGUACAAAAGAACUCGGCACGUUCCGGCUUCAUUCGCAUGGGAUCACGCUUCAGAUACAGUGGAAACACAGAGUACCAGACAACAAAGUCCAAUAAAGCACGGAGGUCAGCCUCCUUUGAGAGGAGGCCCAGUCGUCGGUACUCCAGAAGAACAAUGCAGAACAGAGGACCCUUCAAUCCUCAGGAGGUUCUUUCAUCUGGCAAUGGAGUCAACUCCAGCAAAGACAACCAGGUUUCUUCCGGUAGAGGUGCCUGGUCAGGUGCGCCGGUUGUCAGCCUUGUGCCUGCCUCUGCCUGUGGCCCGUUGGAAAUACAGCCUCUGCCCAGGAGUCCUGGAGGGGAAAAGAGAAGUUUACCCAUGGCUGCUGACCUGAUUGAGACGUGCAUUGAUGAUGUCCUCAGAGCUUCUGUGGCUUCCAAAGUGCAGGCUGUUGAUGAGGCAGGACCAAGUGUCCCGUACGUCCCUCCCAGUGCCACUGGCGACGACUUACUCAGCCUUACUGAAACAGCAGCUCGUCUCAAGAAGUUGGAGUUGGAGAGCAGUCCACGCCUUGCCGUGUCAAAGAAUAACAUCAAUAUCAACAUGGUCAUGAAUAAUCAGGAGGACAUUGUGAAGCUCACAGAGAAAUGUGGUCUGAACAGUGCAGGAAGUAGCCCCGUUGUCACACCACUGCGCACCCCAGAUGAUCUGAAAAGUAACAUCCUUAAAGCACAAGCUGAGGCUGCCACCGUCAAGGGCACUUUGGAGGAUCAUGCCACAGUGAUUGGAGACAAAAACUGCAAUGUUCUGGAAACAUCAGCAAGGUUGAAGUUGCUCACUGGCCGAAUAGGCAGUAACUCAUCUUUGUCUGUUAGUAGUCGCCCUGACAUACAAGACACAUGGGACCUGCUCAAGCCGUCUUCACUGGUCUCAUCAGCAGGCACAAGUGCUGAGAGGUUAGCUGAAGAUUCAACCCCAACUCUACUCAAGUUGACCUCGGAAUCGGUAGAAGGCACGACACUAAAGGUUAAAGCCGAGGAGGUUGACGUUCCAAACACAACUCUGCCACUGCCUGAUAAUUUGAUUGACUUCAGCGAUCCAAUCCCUGUUUUACCACCACUGCAGCAACCUAAAGCUCACAUCACCCCUCGCUGGAUCAUUCCUACAUCUGCUCCUCCUGGCAUCUUUACUAACGGCCUGCUUGACCUUGAUCCCCCUGCUAAGGUCACCACUCUUCCCCCUGCAGACGGGGGAGGCUCUGUCACCUCAGCCCUCCCUCACUCCGCUCACACAUUUAACACCACCUCAGCCAGCACUAUGGCUCUGCAGGAAGCCUCGGAGGAUGGAACCACCCCCAGAGGACUCCUGACCACUGAGCUCUAAAACCCAUAGUAACCAAGCUGGGUCAGCAACACUCACACUAACAAACUGGACAAGGACUGUAAGUAAUUGGCUUUUAAAGCUUAGUUUUUAAUUACCGGUUCUAUCCAUUUUGGCACCGACGACUGAUGACGAGUGAUCACAUGAUUCUGUAGAUUUUUCUGCAUAAAAGAAAUCCUAAUUGGUCUGACUUCCAGCCUACGUGGUUCAUUUUUGCGCUGCUGUUGUUUAACGUCACGUCAUGCAUUCCACUGAACAUCGGCUGCACUGAAUGUUGUGUUUGAAUCAAACGGAAGACGAGAAGAGAUAGUAACAACUGGACUCUUCAUUUUCUUGACCAGCCAUGUUUUUUUAAACCUUUUCAUCCACUGGAUAUAACAUUUUUGUCACUGGAUUACAACACUGGACCCGAAGUGAUAUUUGUAUUAUCCUGCUUUUAUUUUUACACUGCAUUUGUACACUGUGGUACCAACAUUUGUGUCUGUUUUUCUGACCCUAUAUAAUUUAACUCGACCAACCUGUAUGAAGACACAGGCAUGUUCUUGCCUAAAAUGUGAUUCUGUACAUUUUUUUCCACUUUUUUGGGCUUGUUUUCUUUGGCAUUCAUGUUCAUUUUUCUCCAAAUGAGGAAUGUAACUGUGUUGACUGUGCAAACACGUUUCACAUGCAGGAAAAAAACGAUUGCUUGUGAAUAUUCUUACUCGUCCAGCUCAUCGUAUUCUCAGGGCACUCGAUCGAUCGCAACUGGACUGACGUUUCGCCUGUCAUUAGAGCCGGCUUCAUCAGUUCAUGCACAAUGACUAGAUAGGACGGCGCUUGUUUGAUUAGAUAGGACGGCUCUUGUCUGAGGAGAUGGUGCAGAAUCCAAAGUAUUUCUGAAGAAUAGUUUCACUCGUUUGUGGUGCAAAACGACAGUCGUUAUGUUACAAUGGAGUGGGGCCUCUGCCAGCCAAUGACCAUCAUUUGGUUGGAAUCACCUUGUAUUCCAUGCACAUGUAACAGUAGUGAUGGUGAACAUGCGUGAACCCAAGUUCACGAGUCUGUCUACUGCACGGGGUGUCCAGACUUUUUCCACGAACAAGGGAAAAAUGAAAGGAUGCGGGGGCCAGGUUGAUAUUUUCUAAAGCAACAUGUAGAUAUGCUGAGAAGUUAUAUAUAUAUAUAUAUAUAUAUAUAUAUAUAUAUAUAUAUAUAUAUAUAUAUAUAUAUA